UUAAACCCACAAUUCUUCCCUUACUUACCCAAACUCCCCUUCCCCUCUGCUCUUUAAGCUGCACAGAGGGAGCAAAAUACAAACUUUUAGUGAAUGGCAGCCAAAUUAUUCUUUUUUCUCCUGCCCUCCUUCUUCCUUCCUUCAGCCAUUGCAACUUUUCGCGCCCCUACAUUGUCGGCUGCAGUCCCCGACCCCGAGCUGGUAGUUAAGGAAGUUCACAGGAGCAUCAACGCCUCCCGCCGGCAGCUCGGCUAUCUCUCAUGCGGAACCGGCAAUCCCAUCGAUGAUUGUUGGCGCUGCGAUCCCAAUUGGGAAACCAACCGCCAGCGGCUCCCCCACUUUGGUCGCAACGCGCUCGGCGGCAAAGGUGGCGCCACUUACAUUGUAACCGAUAGCGGUGACGACGAUCCCGUUAACCCCAAACCAGGCACCCUCCGCUACGGUGUCAUCCAAACCAAACCCCUCUGGAUCGUUUUCCAGCGCGAUAUGGUCAUCCAACUCAAAGAAGAACUCAUGAUGAACUCCUACAAAACCCUCGACGGCCGCGGCGUCAGCGUCCACAUAGCCGGUGGGCCUUGCAUCACCGUGCAAUAUGUAAGCCAUAUCAUCAUCCAUGGCCUAUACAUACAUGAUUGUAAGCAGGGGGGAAAUGCAUAUGUGCGUGACUCGCCGGAGCAUUAUGGAUGGAGAACGCUGUCGGAUGGAGACGGUGUUUCGAUAUUUGGUGGAAGUCAUGUUUGGGUUGAUCAUUGUACGCUGUCGAAUUGCCGGGAUGGGCUUGUUGAUGUCAUUCAGGGGUCGACGGCUAUCACCAUUUCGAACAAUUAUAUGACUCAUCAUGAUAAGGUGAUGCUGCUCGGACAUAGUGAUGAGAUGGUGCAGGAUAAGAACAUGCAGGUUACCAUUGCUUUUAACCACUUUGGAGAAGGGUUGGUUCAGAGGAUGCCGAGGUGCAGGCUUGGAUAUUUUCAUGUGGUGAAUAACGACUAUACGCACUGGGAAAUGUACGCAAUUGGAGGAAGCGCGGCGCCGACGAUAAACAGCCAGGGAAAUAGGUUCCUUGCGCCGGACGACCGUUUCAGCAAAGAGGUGACUAAGCGAGAAGACUCGCCAAUGAGCGAAUGGAAGAACUGGAACUGGAGAUCAGAGGGAGAUUUGAUGUUGAAUGGAGCCUUCUUCACCCUGUCGGGCGCCGGAGCAUCUUCCAGCUAUGCCAAGGCAUCAAGUUUGGGAGCUAGAUCUUCUUCUCUGGUUGGAGCCAUAACCAUUUCGGCCGGUGCUCUAGUCUGCAAGAAGGGACGCAGCUGCUGAUUAUUCAUUAGUUUAAGUCCUAAGUACAUGUCUCUGUUAAUUUAAGAAAAAAAGAAAUUUAGUAUCAGCUGUUAGCCAGAGCUAGCCUUUAAUAUAUGUGUGCAUGACAUCGCUUAUUAGGUGAUGUAUAAGUGCUAGUUAGCAAUUAGAAUUAGAAAUCUCCUUUUUUUUUUCUUUUUUUUUUCUUUUUACAUAUUUGUGUGGAUUUAGUGCCUCUUGUUGUACCGACCUCAAGCUGCUCUCAUCAUAGAGGCAGGCAGUAAGGAUGUGUUGAAGGAUUAUUUCCUAAA